UCCUCCCUCUAUUAUAUAUCUCUUCCCAACCCUUUUCUUCCUCUCCUUCCUCUCCUUGCCGUCUCUACCCUUUCUUCUCUCUGGUUUUCUCCGUCUUCCCUCUCUUGGGAGACAGAGGCAGCUAAGGCGUUCUAACUGCGGAUCUCGGGGCCUGCAAGGAUGAACCACUGCGCGAUGCAGCAGAACGCUUUGGCUGCCUGCGAGGAGAUGCGGGGGGCCUUCUCCUUCGCCGCCGCCGACCGAAGGCCCCCUGUCUUCUGCCCCAAGCCCCGCCGGCUCGGCCCCCUCUUCUCCGCCGAUUCCGUCCGCCCCCGCCGGUGGCACGCCAGUCAUCAAGCAGAUCUCUCGGACACGAAGGCCGGAGCGGAGCUUCUCGAUUUGUUUCUAACAAAGGGUGGGGAACAGGUGGCCUCGUCACCUCCGUUCUUCUGUGGCUCCCCGCCGAGUCGGGCGGCGAACCCGGUGGUCCAAGAUGCCCGUUUCGGCGAGGACCGGCCGCCGGCCCCGAUGGCCGCCCUUCCGGUCCAAUCCGGCUCGCCGAUGUCGCCACGGAAAGGCUGUGUGCGUGCCAAAUUCGGCCUCAAGCCGGCGGCCGUGAGAAUCGAGGGUUUUGAUUGCCUCAAUCGCGAUAGCCGGAGCUGCAGCAUCACUGCUGUGGCCUAAAAACCUUGCACGUGUUUAUAACCCAAACCCAAGUGCUCCCUUUCAUUCGGAGCACUUUGGGAGAUAAGAAGGAAAAGGGCGAGGAAUAUUAACAUCAGCAAUCCGCCACUACAUUUAGAUGCUAAACCAAGCAUAGAAGAAGAGUUGAGCAUAAGUUAAGAGAGCUUUGGAAGGGAAUCUGGAAAGGUGAUUUCUUCUCGUAUUGUACAUUAUUCGGCCCCAACAACCAAUCUUUUCUUUUUGUUUCCUUAUUGUCUGUAAUCAAAAGCUGUUGUGUAGAUACGGUUUUUUUUUUAAUUUUAAGGGGGAGGGGAGGGGGGUCUCUAAGCUUGUUUGUAAUCUUUGCAUUGGAUUUUAGUCAUUGCUAGGUGGGGGUUGUGAGGGGUCGUUUUUCUGGGUUUUCACUAUGGCUUUGGUUUUUUAUGCCCAAGUUUCGGCCUGGAAUCUGUAUAAAGAAUGUUAGGAAAUGGGUCGGUCAGUUUUCAGUCAUGGCAUAUGUGUACGUGUCUAUUUUAUGUAUAAAUGUAUGGAUCUUGGCGUCCAUGAUGGGUUUAUUUAAUUA